UUCGCCGACACACACCCACACACACACUCUUUCUCUCAAUUCUCCAUCUCUCUCUCUUCAUUACUCUAAGCUUCGAAUCUCUAUCUGACCCUCUGUCCCUUUCUUAAUGGCAAUGCCUCAAACUACUUCCCUGAUCUCUUCUCCAAUCUAUUCAUCUUCUUCUUCUUCUUCUUCUUCUUCUUCUUCGGCUGCGAGUCCAUGUUGCUCUUGCAUGCGCUCUGCCUCACCUGAACACCGCCUCUGAACCUCCACACUGGAGUCUGGAACCAAAAUGGUCAACAGACGCGCUGCUUUUGCGCCCUUUUCAACUCGUCAACUCACUCAGCUGGUGUUACUCGCUUUGAUCUUUGUUGCUCUGCCUCUUGUUCGAGCCACUACUGACCCUUCUGACGUUCAAUCUCUUCAGGUUUUGUACACCUCGUUAAACAGCCCUUCUAAGCUAACUAAUUGGAAAAGCAUUGGCGGUGAUCCGUGCGGAGAGUCAUGGAAAGGGAUUACCUGUGAGGGCUCAGCUGUUGUUUCAAUUGAAAUUUCUGGAUUAGGACUCAAUGGGACUAUGGGAUACAGCCUUGCGGACCUCAAGUCGUUGAGAAAAUUCGAUCUGAGUGACAACGACAUUCAUGAUACAAUCCCAUAUCAGUUGCCACCAAAUCUUACAAGCUUAAAUCUUGCAGGCAACAACUUAACUGGGAAUCUUCCUUAUUCUUUUUCUAGCAUGGUUUCUCUCAGUUAUCUGAACAUGAGCCGUAAUUCACUUUCCCAGUCAAUCGGAGAUGUUUUUGCUAAUAAUCUUGUUGGCCUCACAACCUUGGAUCUCUCUUUCAACAACUUUUCUGGAGAUCUUCCUAGUUCCUUAAGUUCAUUGUCGAAUCUCUCUUCACUCUAUUUGCAGAACAAUCAAAUGACGGGUUCUCUUAAUGUUCUUAUGAGUUUGCCUUUGACUACUCUAAAUGUUGCAAACAACAAUUUCAGUGGAUGGGUACCUCAAAAACUUAAAGCAAUCCCUAAUUUUAUAUAUGGUGGAAAUAAAUUUGACAAUGGUCCUGCUCCUCCUCCACCACCAUAUACCCCACCUCCUCCUGGCAGAUCAAAUGCUAAUCGAACUCAUGCAAGAUCUGGUGGACCUUCACCACGGGGUUCUAAUGGUGAAUCAUCUCAUUCUGAUAAGGGGUUGACGGUUGGCGCUAUAGUAGGCAUAAUCCUGGGUUCCAUUUUCAUUGUUUUGGUUCUACUACUUGUUCUUGCUUUUUGCAUUCGAAAGAAAAAGAAGGACACUGGUGCUAGAACUCCAAGGGGUAGUCUCUCGGUUGGAACAAAUAAUGUAAUUACUGAGAUGCAAGAACAGAGAUCAAAAAGCAUGGGUGCUGUUAUAGAUCUGAAGCCCCCACCUGCAGAAAAAUUGACGGUUGAAAGGGUGCAAGGAAAAAAUGGAUCUGUGAAGAGAAUAAUAAAGUCACCUAUCACUGCUACUUCAUAUACUGUUGCUUCUCUCCAGACAGCAACAAAUAGCUUUAGUCAAGAAUUUCUUAUUGGUGAAGGUUCCCUUGGUCGUGUUUACAAAGCAGAGUUCUCUAAUGGAAAGAUAAUGGCCAUUAAGAAGAUCGACAAUGCAGCACUGUCAUUACAGGAGGAAGAUAAUUUUCUCGAAGCUGUUUCAAAUAUGUCGCGCUUGAGGCACCCAAACAUUGUUACACUGGCUGGAUAUUGUGCAGAGCAUGGUCAGCGUCUUCUAGUUUAUGAGUAUAUAGGAAAUGCGAAUCUACAUGACAUGCUCCAUUUUGCUGAAGAUGGCAGUAACACUCUGACUUGGAAUGCCCGUGUUAGGGUAGCACUUGGCACUGCUCGGGCCUUAGAGUACUUGCAUGAAGUGUGCUUGCCAUCUGUUGUACAUAGAAACUUCAAGUCAGCAAACAUUUUGCUUGAUGAAGAGCUCAAUCCCCAUUUGUCAGACUGUGGUUUGGCUGCUCUAACUCCAAACACGGAGAGGCAGGUUUCAACUCAAAUGAUUGGUUCAUUUGGUUAUAGUGCACCAGAAUUUGCCUUGUCAGGGAUAUACACUGUAAAGAGUGAUGUGUACAGCUUUGGAGUCGUGAUGUUGGAGCUUUUGACUGGCAGAAAGCCGCUGGACAGUUCAAGGGUGAGAUCAGAACAAUCACUUGUGAGAUGGGCUACUCCCCAACUCCACGAUAUAGAUGCGUUGGCAAAAAUGGUUGAUCCUACCCUCAAUGGCAUGUAUCCUGCAAAGUCUUUGUCACGCUUUGCUGACAUCAUUGCCCUCUGUGUUCAGCCGGAACCGGAGUUUCGGCCUCCCAUGUCCGAAGUGGUACAAGCAUUGGUGAGGUUAGUGCAGAGGGCAAGUGUGGUCAAAAGGCGUUCGAGUGAUGAAUCUGGUUUUGCAUAUAAGACGCCAGAGCAUGAAGCAAUCGACAUGCCGGUUUAAGCAGCGCAGCCAUGUUGGACUUACAAAAUGACAUUCACAGUUUUGUAUACAACCACACAAAGGUCAGCGGAUGGCUAAAGCGCACAAAUGAAAAUUUGUGAAGGUGCAUCAAGAUCAAAUCAAAAGAUAUGUAAUUAUAUCUCAUACAUAUUUCAGUGGCCAUUUUAUACUUCAAAAUUGAAAAUUAAGGUACAUAUUUAGCUGGAAAGGGUGCUAUAUAUUGUAUUUUCAAACCUCCGACGAUAUUUCGAUGGGCAUUCCGGAGGCUUUGCGGCAUAAUAAAAAUUUUCUCUCAUUUGAGCAA